AUGUCAUCACCAGAAAUGAAAGAUUGGAAGCUCGAUAAGCGACUCCAGGGGCACUACUGCAAAGACAGAGAUGUCAUUGAAAGAUCGGUGACCUAUGCGGACUCCUACAAAUCCGAGGGAUUCACAAUCAUAGGGAGAGGCAGAGUUUCAUUCCCUACUUGGAAACCUGGCGAAGAUCCCACCUACUUUGAGAUUGAGGUCUUAUACGCGCCUGAUUCGGAACACAACUAUCUCAGUUGGCCCCUUCUGCAGCGGUUGAAACAGCCGGAACUCGAGUUCAGGAUGCUGGGACCCGGCAGGGUCGGCAUUUGCCCAGGCAAGGGAAAGGAUCCAUUUGUCGCUGCCGAGAUCUCCGGUUGA